AUGGCUUCCACCGACGCUACAAUGACCUCCCCGCAAGCCAAGACAAUCGACGCAACUCCAGAAGCAGGACAGAAUAUCAGCCAUGAGGGGAAGGAAUACACAACGAUCAAGGAGGGCCUGGCGCACAUCCUCGUACCGCAUGAUACGCCCACGUCGACCGACCCACGCAUGUCAAAGGAGGAUACGCAGAAGCAGCAGGUCUUCUACAAUCCUAUCCAGCAAUUCAACCGCGAUCUAAGCGUGCUUGCGAUCAAGACAUUUGGGCUGGACUCGAUACAGAGGAAGCAGGAGAGGCAUGCGAAACAGCUGAAGAGAGGACCGAAGAAGCACAAGGGCCAGGGGACGGGCGUGGCUGAGGAAGAGCAGGCGGAGUCAGCGGCCGGCGAGGAUGAGAACACACUGAAGCGCAAGCUGGCCGACGGCGAGACAGACGACGGUGCAGCGCCGGCGAAGAAACAGAAACUCACAGAAAACGGCGAUGCGACAGAAGAGGCAGAAGCAGCACCUGCGUCAGGUGCGCAAGCGGACGCAAAUAAGGAACCCAAGCCCUGGAGAGCACAGUUCACUAUCCUUGAUGCUCUUUCCGCGACCGGUCUGCGAGCUCUGCGGUAUGCGAAAGAGAUACCUUUCGCGACAUCGAUUACAUCUAACGACAUGUCGAAAAAUGCUGUCGAGUCGAUCAAGCUGAACGUGAAGCACAACAAGCUGGAAGCCACCAUCAAACCCAACACGGGCAACGCCAUAGCCUACAUGUACAGCUAUUGUGACAAGAAUGGUUACGACGUGAUCGACCUGGACCCUUACGGUACAGCGGCACCCUUCAUCGACUCUGCCAUACAAGCGAUCAACGACGAUGGUCUCCUUUGCGUGACCUGCACAGAUUCUGCUAUCUUUGCGUCACAUGGCUACCUGGAGAAGACAUACUCGCAAUACGGAGGUCUGCCAUUCAAGGGCGAAUCUUGUCAUGAGGGAGGUCUGCGCCUGGUUCUACACGCUAUCGCAUCUUCAGCUGCACGAUACGGCAUGGCGAUAGAGCCGUUGCUUUCGCUCUCGAUCGACUACUACCUCAGAGUGUUUGUCCGAGUACGGAAGGCGCCGAACGAUGUCAAGCUUCUAGCGGGCAAGACGAUGCUCGUAUACUCCUGCGACAACGGCUGCGGCGCAUGGACAACCCAGUUCCUUGCGCGCAACAAGGUUACGAAGAACAAAAAGGGCGAUCCGUUCUACAAGCACGGAUUCGCCGCAGGCCCUUCGGCAGAUGAACACUGCAGACACUGCGGGACCAAGACGCACCUCGUUGGGCCCAUGUACGGCGGACCCCUGCAUAACGUAGGAUUCAUCGAAAGGGUACUGGCUCAAUUGAACGAAGUCGAUCGCAAGACGUAUCCGACAAUGGACAGGAUAGAAGGCAUGCUUCGCACAGCGCUGGAAGAGAUCACUUUUGGGGUGAAGCCAAAGGACGAGAAGAGCACACGCGUCCUCGACCCUCUGAUCCCCAAAGCUGAUCCCGCGGAGAUAGAUCACCACCCGUUCUUCUUCAUUCCCAGUUCCAUCGCCAGAGUCGUGCACUGCUCUGCGCCACCUACCGCAGCCUUGCGUGGCGCACUUCGACACGCUGGUUUCCGGGUGACAAUGAGCCAUUGCAAGCCCGGGUCGGUAAAGACAGACGCAUCCUGGACUGACAUCUGGCAUAUCAUGACAGAAUGGGUCCGCCAGAAAGCGCCCCUCAAGAACCCUUUGAAGGAGAACACUGCAGGCCGCGCAAUCAUGUCGAAACCAAGCACAAGUGCAGAAAAGACAAAUGGCGCAGCACAGAACGUCGCCCCAGUGACAGAUUCGACUACACAGAAUGGCGAGACUGCUGAUGUCGAGAUGGCAAACACAGAGACAACCGAGCGACCCUCAUACCUGGGCACGAACUUCGAAGUCAAGUUCGACGAGAAGCUGGGCAGAGACCACGACAGAGGCAAGUAUGUCCGCUACCAGCUCGCACCACGAGAGAACUGGGGCCCCAUGUCCCGCGCAAGGUGA